AUGGCGGAGAUUAGUCGAAUUCAGUAUGAAAUGGAAUACACCGAAGGUAUUAGUCAGCGAAUGAAGGUCCCAGAAAAAUUAAAGGUAGCACCACCAAAUGCUGACCUGGAACAAGGAUUUCAAGGAGUUUCAAAUGCUAGUGUGAUUAUGCAAGUUCCAGAGAGAAUUGUGGUAGCAGGAAAUAAUGAAGACAUUCCAUUUUCAAGACCAGCAGACCUUGACCUUAUACAGUCAACUCCCUUUAAGCCUCUGGCUCUAAAAACACCACCUCCUGUGCUUACUCUGAGUGAAAGACUGCUAGAUUUUCUGGAUUUAGAAAGACCUGCUCCAGCCCCUCAAAAUGAAGAAAUCCGUGCAGCUGGCAGGCUAAAAAGAGAACGCUCUAUGAGUGAAAAUGCUGUUCGCCAAAAUGGACAGCUGGUCAAAACUGACUCCAUACCUGUGUUGCAUGGUGGGUCUGCUGCCGCCACUUCUAAUCCUCAUCUUGACAACAUCAGGUAUGGCAUUUCAAAUAUAGAUGCAGUGAUUGAAGGAACUUCAGAAGACAUGACAGUUGCAGAUGCAGCUUCAUUAAGACUACAGAUAAUCAAACUAAAUAGACGUCUACAACUUCUGGAAGAGGAGAACAAAGAACGGGCUAAAAGAACAGGUCAUGUAUUCAAUUACUGUAGCAUUCUGGCUGCUUAA